CCUUGUGAAACAAAUAAACUCUCUUCCUUUCCUUACCCCCACGAAAAUUUCUUUUCCCCAUUGGAGAAGAGACAGCUCAUCUGACCUCACCUUUUGCGAUUAUGCCCUCCUUCUCUCCCUCCUCCUCUCCUCCUUUCUAUCGAGUCUCGACAACCGCCUCACGCGUUGGUUCUUCCUUGGUCAACAGGCAAAACACGUUAUCGUAUUUGUACACGGUCCAUAUAUCAGAGCGAGAGCGAGAGCGAGAGAAGCCUUUAGAGAAGAGAGAAGAGAAGCGAAGUAGCAAUCGACGCCUCCGUUCGACCCACCAUCGCCAUUUCUUUCGAUUCAUUGAUGGUGUGCCUCGCAGAGACCCAACUAUAGCACAAACCCCAGAAGCAAGAAGUUCAUGAUGAAAUCCAAAUUCAUAAGCAACCUCAUGAAACCCUUCAAGUUUCAUUCAGACAAAGACGUGUCCAAGGAAGAAAAUUUGGAGCAGAUCGCGGCGCAGGAGCAAAAGGUCUUCUCCUUCGAAACCCUCGUGGCUGCCACCCGAGACUUCCACCCCGACAACAAGCUCGGCCAAGGCGGUUUCGGCCCCGUCUACAGGGGGAAAUUGGGGGAUGGGAGGGAGAUCGCAGUGAAGAAGCUGUCGCAGAGCUCGAAUCAAGGGAAGAAGGAGUUCAUGAAUGAGGCGAAGCUGCUUGCACGCGUGCAGCACCGGAACGUGGUGAACCUCUUGGGGUACUGCACACACGGCGCAGAGAAGAUCCUCGUCUACGAGUACCUCCCUCGCGAGAGCCUCGACAAAUUCAUCUUCGACGCGGAGAGAAAGAAGGAGCUUGAUUGGAAGAGGAGGUUCGACAUAAUUUCAGGGGUGGCCCGGGGUCUGCUCUACCUUCACGAGGAUUCGCCCAGUCCCAUCAUCCACCGCGACAUCAAAGCCAGUAACAUUCUCUUGGACGAAAAGUGGGUCCCCAAGAUCGCUGACUUCGGCAUGGCCCGCCUUUUCCCCGAAGAUCAGACGCACGUCAAUACUCGUGUCGCUGGCACCAAUGGGUACAUGGCACCUGAGUACCUGAUGCACGGAAGACUAUCGGCGAAGGCGGACGUGUUCAGCUUCGGAGUUGUGGUCCUGGAGUUGAUCAGCGGCCAGAAGAACUCCACGUUUUACCUUGACAUUGAUUGCCAAAAUCUACUAGACUGGGCGUAUAAGCUUUACAAGAAAAACCGGAGCUUGGAGAUCAUGGACCCCACAUUAGCAUCAACGUCAGCCAUAGAACAGAUAGCCACGUGUAUACACAUCGGCUUAUUGUGCACCCAAGCUGACCCGGUGUCACGGCCAAACAUGCGUCGAGUGGGGGUGAUGCUGUCGAAGAAGCCGGGCACCACGCUGGAAGAGCCCACGAGACCGGGCUACCCUGGGUCUAGAUACAGAAGAACUCGGAGGGCGACGGUCGGGUCUUCAUCGGGAUCGGGCGCAGGUUCUGGUUCUUUCGGCGAAUCGUCAUCUCAUACUCAUAAUACAUUUGCAUCCACCUUCAAUUCCAACAGUGCCAGUGCCACAACUGCUUCCACAUCUCUCACCAGCCCACGUCCAGAUACUCGUGGCAAACGCCCCAUUCAAGGCUAGGCCACCACCGGGCCACCCUUUCUUUUGCUUUUGGGGAUAUUCUUUAUUCCUGCAAUUUUUGUAUUCUUUUUUGUAAAAAUGGAUGGAAGAAGCUUUUCUAUUCUUCUUUCUUCUUUCUUCUUUCUUUUUCUUUUUACAUGUAAAUUUGAGGCGGGAUAGGAGUAUUGAAUGAAAGCCAAGGACGAUUGUUUGAGUGGUUUGAUUCUUUCACA